AUGCUUGAGACAUCACUCAAUUCAAUCCGAACUUCUAGAACUAUAGAACAGGGUAUGGCUGAUUUUAACACUGUUGAAAUGGCAAAUCCAGAGCUCUUGCUGAGCAGAAAAUUGUUGAUGCUCGACCCUGGAUACCAGAGAUUCUUCCCUGGUGAAGCCAUACCGAACGGAAUUUUCGAAACUCUUGAGAUGAUGCAUGAAGCUGGAUCGUUGCUCAAAAUGAAGUAG